CCGACCACAUCUAUUUGACAUGCCGUAGUUUGAUGCUGGACUUACAGCUGCAUUCUGUCAGCAGAUAGAACACCAGAGGAACCGGCAGCUGGAGCUGGAGAACCCAGAAUGGAGCGUCUCAGUGAGCAAAAUCCUCAGUGUGCAAGUUAUCGUGCAGCAACACAUCAAGAUGAACAUCAAGUAAACAACAACAAACCUGACAGUGGCAGGAUCCUUUACCCGGCAGUUCGAUCCCCGGCUCAGCUAGUCCAUGUUGAUGUGUCCUUGGGCAAGGCACUUCACCCGCAAAUGGCUAUCGCCGCUGUGUCUACGGUGUGUUAACGUGUGUGAGAAGAUCCCGUGAUGAUCUGCUGUAGAACGCAACGUGUGUGGCUCCUAACAAGUGUUUGCCACUCUGGAUGACAUUAGGCCUUGACCUCUGACCUUGGAUGUACUCCAGACUCUGAACCUCAUGCUGCAGUAAUGGAUAGCCCCGGCCUGCUGUCCCUCACGCUGGCCUUGCUAGGUGUUCUGAGCCCAUGUCUGACCCUACUGACCCCCAGAGUCUCUUUUUCUAUGGGCAUACCUGGGAGACAUGUCACGCGCUACAGGAGCCAUGACGCCAGCAACACCACCACACUGCUGCUCAGUGGGAAUGGAGACACGCUGUAUGUCGGAGCCCGGGACGCCGUGUUAGCGCUGGAUGUUAGCUACAAGGAUGCUAUCACACUGAGGAGUAAGUUGGACUGGAGCCCUUCAGAGGAAGACAUUGAGCAAUGUUCCAUGAAAGGCAAGAACAUGGCUGACUGCCACAAUUUCAUUCGUGUCCUGCAGUUCUUCAACUCCACCCACAUCUACGCCUGUGGAACGUUUGCCUUCAGUCCACGCUGCACUUACAUUAAUUCAGAGACGUUAGCAAUGAGCCUCAAGGCGGACGAAGGGAGAGGUCGCUGCCCCUACGACCCCUACCAGCGCAACACUGCGAUCAUCGUAGAUGGAGAGCUUUACACGGGCACGGUGGCCGACUACCGGGGGAACCGGCCCGUCAUCUCCCGCCAUCUCGGUGAGGGCCGGCGCGUGGACCUCAAGCUGGAGGACACGCUGGGAUGGCUGGAGGAUCCGACCUUCAUCAGCUCCACCUUCAUCCCCGAUGAGGAGAAGAUCUACUUCUUCUUCAGUGAAGUGGGCCGAGAAUAUGACUUUAUGGACAGAUGUAUUGUUUCUCGUGUCUCUCAGAUCUGCAUGAGCGACGUCGGAGGUCAGCGGACUCUCCAGCGACGCUGGACCACGUUCGCCAAAGCUCAGCUGUUGUGCCAGGCCGAACACGAGCUGCCCUACAACGUGAUCCAGGACAUGGACACCCUCCCACCAGCAGAGGGAGCCGCUGCCGAUGACACACUCUUUUAUGGCAUCUUCACCUCCCAGUGUCCAUCGAGCAAACAAGAAACACAAAAUGAUGACGUCUCAAAAAACAUUGAAAUAAUAGUUCAACAUGGGAAUUAUGACACACAGCAUCUUGUGUAUUGUAUAAACUCUGGAAGAACCACACUACAUGACGACACAGAUGCCUCUUACAUAAUACAUCUAAUAGACAUAUAUCUAUGUACAUAUAUGUAUAUAUACUGUAUGUACAUGCGCUUCGUCAAAGACAACUUCCUGGCCAGCGGCAGCGUGCGCCCCGCUGGACGCCGUCUGCUCAUGGCGUCGGCCGAGCACACGUACAGCCGCCUGAGCGCCCAGAGGGUCCAGGCCGCCGACGGCCGGCAGCACACCGUCCUGUUCCUGCUCACCGUUGAACAAUCGGGUUACCUUCACAAGGCGGUCCUGCUGCAGAGCGGCGCCCACAUCAUAGAGGAGGUCCAGGUCUUUGAGCAGCCCCAACUGGUGCUGAGCCUGAAGCUCUCCGUACCCAAGGGUAUGCUGUAUGUUGGCACAUCGGAGGGAGUGGUGAGCGUUCCAACAGCCAACUGCUCUUUCUACUGGACCUGUCCCCAGUGUGUUCUGGCCCGAGACCCGUUCUGUGGCUGGGACCCCGGCAGCAGGGCCUGUGUGGAGGCCUCCAACAACCAUGCCCAUCUAGGCCAGGAUGUAGACCGAGGAAAUGUUGAAGAGGCAUGCGACGCGGUUUCCUUCACAAACAGAGCCCGAUAUGGACCCAACACACUGCCUGUAGGUCAGCUGGUGUCGGUGUCUCUGAGUGAGGUGGUGCGGCUGCAGUGUCCCGCCGCGUCGCGACUCUCCCAGCAGCUGUGGGAGCGUCCCAAUAGCCGUCUGUCUUCAGACUUGUACCUUCGUCUGGAGGAUGGGAGUCUGAGCUUUGUGGCAUCCGCCGCCACGGUGGGUCACUACCUCUGCCUGUCUACUGAGAACGGCUACCAACAGACUAUGGCCAUUUUUCAUGUCAAACAGAAGAGCAGCCCCGUCACUCAACUUCUAACCAGCUACACCUGGCCUGAGGCACACCACCCACCCACCACGAAGGGUGUGGCCAGGCCUGGGCCAGGACCUCAUCCCUCUGUGGGGACUUGGCCUCAAACCACAGAAACAAGACAAGGAGAGACUGAGGCAGCCCCGUCCAGCAGGGACAGUCCACUCACCCCCAGACAGCGGGGCAGAGACGUUACCCUGCACUUCAAGGAAUCUGAGGUACGGGAUGGGGAGCCCCUGCUGUCGGCCCGAGGACCCUGCUACCUGAAGGAGCUGGUGGUGGUGUCAGUGUUGCUGGUGCUCUGCCUCAGUCUGCUCGUCACCAUCCUCCUGUAUGUCAUCAGACAGCGCUGCUGCAGCCGGGCGCAGACCGUCAUCCCAACCAGAGACUCUGACAGAGGGACCCCCGUGGACCAGGAGGCCCUGAAGGGGAACGGGCUUCUGAGCAAGAGCAACAGACAGAGCAAUGGACUCGUUUGUAAUGGGGCACGCAGAGGCUCUAAAGGGCCAAACACCCCCGUCUGAUCAGAGGCUCUAAAGGGCCAAACACCCCCGUCUGAUCAGAGGCUCUAAAGGGCCAAACACCCCCGUCUGAUCAGAGGCUCUAAAGGGCCAAACACCCCCGUCUGAUCAGAGGCUCUUAAGGGCCAAACACCCCCGUCUGAUCAGAGGCUCUAAAGGGCCAAACACCCCCGUUUGAUCAGAGGCUCUAAAGGGCCAAACACCCCCGUCUGAUCAGAGGCUCUAAAGGGCCAAACACCCCCGUCUGAUCAGAGGCUCUUAAGGGCCAAACACCCCCGUCUGAUCAGAGGCUCUUAAGGGCCAAACACCCACGUCUGAUCAGAGGCUCUUAAGGGCCAAACACCCCCGUCUGAUCAGAGGCUCUUAAGGGCCAAACACCCCCGUCUGAUCAGAGGCUCUUAAGGGCCAAACACCCCCAUCUGAUCAGAGGCUCUUAAGGGCCAAACACCCCCAUCUGAUCAGAGGCUCUUAAGGGCCAAACACCCCCAUCUGUACAGUCUCUGAGAUCAGAGGGAAGGAUCCGAGGUUCCAGAAUGACCACGGUGACGUGGUCCGCCGGCUCAGUGAAAGUUCUGAUGAGCCGGCAGGAACACUGGACUUGGUUCCUGAUCAGAUUUGGAUGAAAAACGAUCUUUAGGUCAUUCUUAAAUGGACUCAUGACUUUCACGAUGAGAGCUUUUGUGUUGCUGCCAGACAUUGUCCUGUCCACGGUUGUCCUGAAGGUUUCAUUCACAACUAGACUGUAACACUUUAAACCGGAAGGUCUACGCUGGUCCUCUACGGCUGGUCCUCUACAGCUGGUCCUCUACGGCUGGUCCUCUACAGCUGGUCCUCUACAGCUGGUCCUCUACGGCUGGUCCUCUACGGCUGGUCCUCUACGGCUGGUCCUCUACGGCUGGUCCUCUACAGCUGGUUCUCUACAGCUGGUCCUGGUCCUCUACGGCUGGUCCUCUACAGCUGGUCCUGGUCCUCUACAGCAGGCCUUCUAUGGCUGGUUCUCUACAGUUGGUCGUGGUCCUCUACGGCUGGUCCUGUACGGCGGGUCCUCUACGGCGGGUCCUCUACGGCGGGUCCUCUACGGCUGGUCCUCUACGACAUGUUUAUAGACUCGCAAAGUGUUUGAUGCAAAGCCAGUGACGGAUAUGCAUCUCUUUUCAUGGGACCAUUUCAUUUGUAAUAGUUUAUUCAAGACACAAAUGAGCGGAGUGUUAGAUUUUGAAGGGGUUUGUUCCGAUGCUUUCAGCUCUGGUUGCGUUGGGUACUUCUCUGUAGUAAGUAUGGAGUUUAAAGAAACAGAUAGCACAACCACAAAGGGAGCAAAGCAAUGUGCUGCUGCAACAAAACCUAUUUUAGACAUUUAAAAAUAAACUACUAUUUUUUCAUGGGACUUAUAUAUUCAGUUCAGUUCCCCUCCAACAAUUUUUUUCAUAUAACAUAUAAAACUUAUUUAAUUUUUUGUAGGUGUCUAAAUGGGUUUCACUGUGGCACCUAAUCCUCGACAGUACAUCGCUUUGUACUCCUGUCUUUUUCUCAUCUAGUUGAAGGUAAUACGCUGACUAUGGAAAGGUAGCUCAGACAACCUUCACAAUAUCACAACUAUCCUUUUAAAGUGAGAUGUGCUCAUCAAACAUGUUAUAGACAGGUCGACUAAACCUGGAUGCGUAGGCGACUCAGCUCAUUUGCUUUUGGCAAUUAAUACACAUGUUAUACUGACUGAUUUAGCAGAUAACAUCAUUAAUUGUCUGUAAAGGGCCAGAGGGGUCGGACCAGUAGGCGUGUCUAUGAGAUGGUCUUACACGCAUAAUGGGAACGUGCUUUGGUGACAGUCUACAUGAUGUAUCACUCCUUUCCUGUGCGUCGUACACACUGCAUGGCUGUUUGGACUCAACAUCAGGAAACGUGGUGUCAGAACCUCUCCGGUGUUGUAAAUGCUCUUCAAUAAAGAAGUUACGACGGCUUUCUGCAGCCGAGGGAUUUCCUACACGUCAUUCCCUUAUUCCUCCUUACAUGCAGCUCUGAUACUAAAGCACCAGUUGGUACUGGUCCAUAUAAAAUACCCCCACCAAGUUCAGAUAGUAUUUGUGUUUAAUACUUCAAACCUGGAUGAUGGAUACGAGUAUUGUCAGGGAGAAGGAACUGUUGUGUUUGAGCUGUAAACACAUCUGCAUUCAAUAUUAGUUUCAUAGUCUGAACAUCUGUGUGUCGGGUCAAAUAUAUGUAUUUGAUUUAAGAUAUAUUUCCGAUUUAUUUUCUUCACUCUCUUCAAAACACAUACACUUCUAACUUAUUCAUUCAAAUGUCUCGACAUUUUCUCAUAACCUUGAUUAUUAAAUAAUGAACGUACAGAGUGUGACAUGCAGGUGAUGAUAAAACAAAGUGUUGCAGCAUUUUGGUCCAGAGUUUCAGCAUGUUUGUAUUUUUUAUUUUUUCCUGUGCAUGUGAGGUCAAAGGUCAGGGAUGUCUACGUGUACAGAUUGUAAAGCCCUCUGAGGCAAAUUUGUGAUAUUGGGCUGUACAAAAUAAACUGAAUUGAAUUGAAUGUCACACGA